AUGGAGAGCUGCUUUUCUUCAGACAGAGAGAAGGACCUUUCUACCCAACCCUCAGACUGUUGCAUAAAUGUAUAUCCUUUUAUUCUUCCACACCAGCAAGUAGACAAAGGGGCCAUUAAAUUUGUCUUGAGUGGAGCCAACAUCAUGUGCCCUGGGUUGACAUCGCCAGGGGCUAAACUCUACUCAGCUAAGGCUGACACAGUUGUCGCAAUCAUGGCAGAGGGGAAACAACAUGCACUUUGUGUUGGCGUGAUGAAGAUGUCUACAGAGAACAUAGAAAAAGUCAACAAGGGAAUCGGGAUUGAAAACGUCCACUAUCUGAACGAUGGACUGUGGCACAUGAAGACGUAUAAAUGAUAACGCCAGCCAUUUGGAAGAUGUACGGAGCUCCUGAUAGCGAAGCAUGAGCUGCCAGUCAACUGUUUACACCUAGAGACUUAGCUGUGUAAUCUACUGGAGGCUUUGAAUCAACCGUCACUGUCAUGCAAAAAUAAAAGAAAGAGCUUGCUUUAAA